AGCUCCUUCACACUCAGAGCUGUUUUAGUGGAGGCUUGCCGGAGUCUCGAUGCCACACACUUAACAGUGGUUGAAUCCUCGUAACUGUUCUGGUACCUUGACACUGCAACAUGUGGUGGUUUGAGAAAAUAUUACUAUGGAACUUGAUGGCUGCAGUAACUGUCCUGGGUCAGUCAAGGCCAAAUAUAAAGCUCAAUUCCCAUUCAAGCAGUGGCUUAAAGUCGGACUGUAUCGGCAAUCUGAUGAGGCUGUCGCUGGAUGAGGCCCUAGCAGUGGGGAACCAGCUCGAGGUGGAAGCCAUCAACGGCACCCAGAACAUCAUGUUGACACCCAGCCUGGCUGCUCAGUGUGGAUACAGCAUGGAGUCUGACCCCUGGGGUAACACCAGAAUCUACACCUCUUUACUGGGCUGCUAUGUGGACAACAGAGGUGACGCAACAUUCAACGUUGGCUUGAAACUCCGCAUGUACAGGCACGGUCCAUCCGAUGUGGUUAGUCGUGACGUGGCGCAGACGUGCCGCUACACCCAGUGGGCCUCCAAAGAAAUUCUCUGUGACAGAAACUACAUGGAAGUGUCCAAGUAUGUGGCAACAACCAACUCAAAAGCUGAACCCAAGGGGAAGACCCAGGAAGUUAAAGGAAAUGGAGCCAAACUUGAUGCCUUUCCUGGGGAUGAUGCAGAGCAAGGAAUCUGGAAGAUGACCUUUUACACUCCUGAGCCGGUGCCAAUGUUGCUGAGGGAAGCUGAGCAAGCUGGAUACAGUGCCAAGACUACCUCGACGCGUCUGGUUUUGAGAAGCCCAUACGAUACGGCCGAGACUUACUCGGAAGACGUGGCAGGAAUCCCAAUGGAAGUGAUCAAGGUUCACAUCUACAACAGGGAGAAAGAUGGCAUGAAUGUUGUAGACUUGGCAGCGGCUUGUCCCACAGGUGGUGUCCUCUUCACUGAGGAUGUAAUCUCCUGGCAUGUUCCCCGCCGUGUGACUCCACUGAUGGACAGCAGCGCCGCAAUCACAGAAAUGUAUCUGGGAAUCAAUGGGCAGAGACUGGAUAAAUCUCAGAUGGCUUCGAGGGGGUACACAAUAACGGUCACUGACUUCCACAUUGUGGCGGAGAUCCCAGUGGGUUCACCUGACGGUUACUACAAAAGCCAUGCCCCAGAUUACCAGUACCACAUCACUUACACUGUGGAGCCCAUGCUUGAAGUGGUGUGGAGGGACGGCGACACCCAGGAAGAGACAAAAUACAAGAUUUUGUUCCCAAUUACAACACCUCUCAUGCCCAGGCCUCCGCAUGCUGAAAAGGACACGGAUGUAGAGUCUCGUUUGUUUAACAUCCACCUUGGCCCCUUCCUCCCGGAUGUGCAGCUGAACAACAUUACGUUUUCUACUGGUGUUCUGACCAUUGAGGAGAUCAGAGCACAGGGCUUCCUUGUCCAGGAGCAUCACUACCCCAAUGGAUCAAAAGCAAUCUCUCUACAAGUCCCCUUCGGUGCUGACGUGGUCCUGAAGCAUAACCCUGACCCACUGAAUACCAUCUACUCCCUCACUGUGGUGUUUGGCUUCAUCAUCCUGCCUGAAGAAACUUCAUUUGCUCACCAAGUGGAUGUGCAGGCCUCUCUACGGGAUGUUGUUAUGCCUACAAUUACUGGCACCUGCGAUCAUGAGCACUUUUACUUGAGUGUGAAAUAUGGAAGCCAAGGCACCAACAUCAGGACCCUGCUUGGAUCCCAUGAAGUGACUCCUGAGCUGGCCGAGGAGUUCAAGUUUGACGAGAACGGGACAAACUUCUUCCUGGACGUGCCGUACACGGCCCCUCAGUCAGACUUUGAGACCUUUACCUCGACCUCGGUCAAAGCCAGGCUUGAUAUUCAGCUGUGGGACCCCAAGAACAACUGGCAGCUUGAAGAAGCCUUCCUGAUCUGCUUCUUCCCCCUCAGGACAACGACAUGCUAUCCCAACGGAACAAUAAGUGCUCUGGCCAUGAAGGUGGAGACGGCGCCCAGUCUUGACCUGAGAUUGCUCACAUUGAAUGACAAGUCCUGCAAACCAGUCUCCAGUGACGAUCGCUUCGCCCAGUUUUCUUUUGCAGCAGAUUCCUGUGGAACCAAAAGAACUUUCUUCGACAACUACAUGCUGUAUGAAAAUGAAAUCGCCCUGCGGCACGACCACCAUAGAGCACCUCGCAGAACACCGGCCGAGCCGGAGUACAGGCAAAAGAUUUCCUGCUACUAUCUGGUCAACAAGACUGAAACUCUAGCAUUCGGUUACAAACCGCAAACGCAUGACCCCAAAGCAGAGAUCGGCGUCGGCCAGCUGAUGGUGCAGAUGAGGCUAGCCCAUGAUUCAUCAUUCAAGACCUUCUACCAAGCUGAAGACUAUCCAGUGACGAAAUACCUGAGGCAGCCUCUGUAUUUUGAGGUGGCACUCAUGCAGUCGGCCGACCCCCAGCUGGAGCUCUUCCUGCAGAACUGCUGGGCGACUCUUCAAGAAGACAGGACCUCUGUGCCCAGCUGGGACCUCAUUGUGGACACCUGUGAGAACCGCGAGGACAGCUCCGUCACAAUAUUCCACUCUGUUCUGAUUGACGCCAGAGUCGAAGUUCCUGCCCACAUCAAGCGCUUUUCCAUGAAGAUGUUUGCAUUCAUUAAAGAAGACAAGGUUCUGAAGGAUCAGAUCUACGUCCACUGUGAUGCAGUGAUCUGCGACAGAAACGGCCCAGCUGAAGGAGUCUGCAGAGGCCAGUGUGUGAAUGAAACGGGAAGGAAGAACCCCAAGUACUUUGGCGAGAAAGGCAACAAGAGACGUGAGUGA